UGUCACUCACCUGCUCACCCACUUGUUUUUCCACUGUGUCCUCUGGUCCAGAGCUGGCUCAGACUCUUCUGACCGCCUCACCUCCAGCUCCUACUCCACAAACCUCUCCCGGUCUCUCUGCCAAAAUGGCGGGUGUGACGGUUCUAGUCCUGAUGCUGUUGCUUUGCCCGUCCCUGGCGCCACUGUGUGGCCUGGUGCGGGCUCAAGACCCCUUGGGGGACCACGAUAGAGUUGAGGAGGCGUUUGCAGAUGGAGAUGAUGCUGGGGGAGAGGAGCAGGGGGAAGCGGUAGUGGAGGAUGAUAGAGCUGCAAGUGAUGAACAUGAAGAGGAAGACGAGGAGGUGGAGGAGGAGGAAGAAGAAGAAGAUGAGGGGAUAGAGGAAAACAUUGAAGAAGAAAAGAGUGAGGAAGAGGAAACCACUGAGGAAGAAGAGCUGGAAGAGGACCCCAAUCUGGAAGAGGAGACGGUACAGGAAGAGACCCCCGAUGACGAGGAGACUGAUGACGAGGAAGCUCCUGAGGAUGUGGACGCCGAAGAAGAAGAAGGAGAAGAAGACGACGACGAGGGAAGGGAACGAGAGGCAGAGGAGGAAGCAGAAUCGGUAGAAGAAGAGACGCAGGAGGAGGAGCUAGCGGCUGAGGAAGAGGAUGGUGAGGACAUGGAUGAAGAGCAGGAGUCUGAGGAGGAGGAAGAGGAGAAUGAUGAAGACAAAGAUGAUGACUCGGCCGAAACCGACACACAGCACUUCCAUUCAGGCUCUCUGUGCAGUGUUUGCUCCAUCUGCGAGCAUUGUUCCAGCCUCUGCGACAAGUGUCCAUGUGAGGAGGGCGACGAAUCGUCUCACUGCGAUCGCUGUCAAGAAUGCUCUUCUUGCUACCUUUGCCCCAUACUGUGUGACACCGUCUGCACGCCAGGUGGUCUUGUUGAUGAGCUUACAGCCUCCAUCUUUCAGACUGUGGCCUCUUUACUGUAAUCACACUUGUCAGAUUUGACCAGGACAUGGUGACCCCCCCUGUGGUGAGAUCAGGUGUGCGUUGGUCAGGACGGGAGUUGUCCAGCGACACAUUGUGGAGCAGCAGCCACAAUAUCAUGAAAAUGUCCCGUUAAUGAAACAAAUUAAACUACCUAUUGGACAUUUCCUUUGACAAUUGCUAUACUUACUCAGAUAUGCAAAUGCUGUUUGUGGCUUUGUUUUUUUUGUUUUUUUAAAUACAUUUUUUUCAGUGCCAGUGCUAAAUCAGUACCAGUUCCUCUUGAAAGACAAAUGUUUGACUUGUGUCUGUGCAGAAUAAAACAUGUUUCUUGUUUA